CAAUGUGGGUGAGAACUUAAACACAGGGAUCAUCUUAACAUGACAGAGCUGGCCUGUGACAGGAUUAUUAGACUCGUCCUGCCCAUGGCGAACGACACGGAACAUGCCCCGCACCUACUCCAUGACAAGCCGUUCCUUUCUCGCGUAACAGAACCAAUAGAAGUGGAGAUUCUGAGACUGACGGUCAUGUCCCGCCUCUAACCUGAGGCUCAAACUGUAAUAAGGGCAGAUCCAUUUUUUUUUUAGCUACAAUGAGACAAAGACGGACUGAUUAGUUAGUUGUUUUUUCCCUCCAAAUGGUACUUAACCCAAAACUUAGCCCCAAAAUUGAUCCGGAGGAGUUUUCUUAAAUCAGAGAAAGCAGAUUACGAGGCUGUGCAGAUACUUUUCUGCAUUGCAAUAUUUCCGGGAGUCUGGGUGUGUUCCCACUCGUUAUCAAACAAAGGGGCUCGGUGUCUAGGAUUUUCAGAGGGUCUUGUGUCCUCGUUAUUGUCGCAUGCGAAAUGGCGAGUGCAGCUUUCGAUCGUUUUGCUGCCGAGUGCCUGGUGUCCAUGUCCCGGACAGCAGUGGUCCACAGCCCCAGUCCAGCAGCCACUCCCCCCGGGGACUGUCAGGACAAAGGCACCGGGUUGCUGCUGGUUCUGGCUGGGAUCCCGGCUCAGGGCGGCCCGUCGGCUGAUGGCAGCCCGCAGGAUGGGGCGAGGAGCCUGGCUACCGGGCACUGCGUCCCCCCGAGACCCAGGAGCCGGAGAGGCAAAGGCAGGAGCGGUCAGGAGCGGCGGCCCAAGAAGCACCAGUGUCAGUAUCCUGGCUGCGGUAAGGUCUACGGCAAAUCCUCGCACCUGAAGGCUCACCUCCGGACUCACACAGGUGAGAGGCCGUUCGCAUGUACUUGGCCAGAUUGCAACAAGAAGUUUGCUCGCUCUGAUGAAUUGGCUCGACACUACCGCACCCACACAGGCGAGAAGCGUUUCAGCUGCCCCAUCUGUGAGAAACGCUUCACGCGCAGCGACCACCUGAUGAAGCAUGCUCGGCGCCAUGUCAAUUUCCAGCCCAGCAUGCUGAACAGGGCGCACAGCUCACGGCCGAGCUCAGUCAGUGAUUACAGCCGAUCAGAUGCAUCCAGCCCAGCGCUAAGUCCCGCCAGCUCGCCCUAAACACUCCUGUGCCCGAUUACUAAACUUUUGAUUUGUCUAACCUCCCAACCGUGGAACUUCACUGCAAUAGUGAAAAACAAAAAGAGAAGUUAGAUUGGUCGAUGUUGAAGGGACAGCAUCACCGCUACCGAGUCUUUAAAAAAAUUAGAGUUAACAGCUUUAAGAGAAAACACAAGAUGACUACACGUUCACCUCAGGAUAUGUUACUUUUCUUUUAAACUGCACAAUAGAGAAAGCAACAUGCAGUUUAGAUUUAACCUGGUUCAGUUUUUCCCUCAGGGAUGACAGUACAUUUCUCCUGUACCAUUGCCUUGCCUUAAAUAUUUGCACUCAGAUUGCAUCGAUGUCAUGUUGAUAUGCAGGGGGAUACAUAGGUCAAUUCUGCUUUUGAAACUUUAAUGUUUGUGGCUCAAGUGUUAAUCAUGGGAUUGUUGUAACUUGUAUGUUCUUCCAAAUCACAGCACACGUUUCAUUAGUGGCUGAAAGGGGUUUGCAAUUUUCCUGGUCAUUUAUCCAACCUCCUCCAAUAUGCUGCAUAUCACUUUCAGAAGGUAACUAAAGAACAAUGCACGAGGUGGAGGAAUCGGAGCUUUCCUGUUUCUGAGUUAAAGUCAUAAGCUGCCAGUGGAUGUUGUCUUUCCUGCUGAUCACCAUGCCUUCUGUCCCUCUCCACAACAAAAACAUAAUUACUCUGUAAAAUUGUAUGCAAACUUAGAAAGUUCAUGUUGUGAACGAAUGAAAAACCAGAAGCCAUUCCAAAAUGUUCUGAAGAUAUUUUAGAAGAGUUUUAAGUGCUGUCAAAUGUAGUGUAUUGUAUACUCUAGGUUAUUGGUUGCAUUGUGGAAUGAUAAUAUACAUUCCAAAGGAAUCCAUGUGGACAGUGUACAUACUUGCUUUGCAUGGAAGCUAUUGCCUCUGGCCCCUUGUGUUUGUUGUGUUGAUAGGGUCAGCAUAGCACUAUUGGUACUUGAUGCUGAGAUCAGGUAACUUUACUCCUGGACCUCUUGCACUCUCUCAUAGUAAAUGUGUCUGAAACACAUCAACUCGCAGAUACUCUUUGAUAACCUCCUGUAUUUAUUUUUGGGUUUCUAUUUAACUGUAAAAUGCAAUAGGCUGGUCCUUUUAUUAAAAACAAAGAGGAGAA